CGGAGUUGAGAAAAAAGAUUAAUCCAAUUAUUCAAAUAUGUCUGAUUAUCGUUCACAAUCUCGCGGCGGAGGACGCGGCGGUCAAGACUAUUCAAACGACGAUGAUCCGCCCAUGUCAAGACUCUUCAUCAUUUGCAAUAAGGCGCAUACAGAGGAUGAUUUCCGAGAGGCGUUCUCCGCUUACGGCGACAUUGAAGAUAUCUGGGUGGUUAAGGACAAGCACACCCAAGAGAACAAAGGCAUCGCCUAUGUGAAGUUCUCCAAAACCUCCGAUGCGGCAAAGGCGCAGGAGGAAAUGAAUGGCAAGACUAUCGGAAAAAUGGACAGAACCCUGAAGGUUCUGGUUGCCGCAAACCGCAACCAAGGCUCGAAUAAGUCUGAGAACGAGCAGGAAAAAUACUUAAGACUGUUCAUUGUAAUCCCGAAGACCGCAACCGAAGACGACAUACGGGACGAAUUUGCCCAAUGGGGCGAGGUUGAAUCCGUGACCAUUGUCAGGGAGAAGAACAAUGGCAAUCCUAAGGGAUUUGGCUACGUUCGCUUCACAAAAUUCUAUUAUGCUGCCGUGGCCUUUGAGAACUGUUCGCCCAAGUACAAGGCUGUAUUUGCCGAGCCCAAGGGCUCAACGCGUUCACAGCGUGAUCAAUACGGUCGUCCGGCCGAGGAUAAUCCCGUCUACAGCAAUCCUGGACGUGGGAGCUCGAGCUAUAAUAACAAUGGCGGCAGCAGUGGGGGCGGCAGCUUCAACAACGAUUGGAAUACUUCCACUAACAAUGACAUGUCCGCCUUCUUGCGCAUGCAAAAUGUGCCAGUUGCUCAACCGUCGUGCCUAGAGGUCACUGUCAGUAACUGCGUCAAUCAGGAUCAGCUUUGGCGUCUCUUCGAUAUUAUUCCCGGCUUAGAUUACUGUCAAAUCAUGCGCGAACAUGGACCACGUACCAAUGAAGCGAUGGUGGUUUACGACAAUCCCGAAGCGGCUAUCUAUGCAAAGGACAAACUACACGGACUGGAGUACCCUAUGGGCGAGCGCAUCAUUGUAAAAGUGAAUGGCAUGAGCUCUGCACGGAUGGAUACCUCAUUCAUUGACAGUACGAAAAAAGCUUCUAGGGAACGCACCAAAAAGGAUGCCAUAUGCAAUGUGCCCCUGCCUCCUGCCCAGCCUUUAGCAUCACCCGAUGCCCAAGUUGCCCAACGACUUUUCAUUGUGCUCUCUGCGAAUCUUCCACACUCCAUUCUGAAGAACAUAUUCUCGUGCUGGAAAGGGCUCAUCGAUGUAUAUUUGCUUCCCAACAAGAACUGUGGCUACGUGAAGUACGCAGAGUGUGAAAGUGCGCAAAGGGCCAUUCAUGUCCUGAACGGAGCUGAAAUAUGCGGCACGAAAAUAAAGGUUAUGGAAGCGGAAGAGCGAAGCGGAUCAGACGGUGACGAUGGCGGCCGGAAGCGUUUGAGACGCAAUUAAGUCCAUAAUUGGAAUGAGUGUGUGGUGCCAUGGUAUGAGGUAAGUCGUUAGUCUAUAAACUCGAUUUUAAAACUAUUUAAAUUAUGCAUACGCCUAACGCUUUUGUUCAGACAGUCUACUGAUUCGUAUUCGUACCAACACCCUGCGCACAAUGGGGGGGAUGGGCCAUUGACGAUGCGGUGCCUCUGACUGUGAACAUAAUAAGAACAAAACAUUUUUAUCUUUCUAUUUUCACAGACCCACUGACAACAAAAUGAACUUACAGAGAACUAUAUGUACGAGUACUUUACUAACUUGAGAAAACAGUCCAAUCAAACACAGUUCAACUGACCAACAACCAACAACCAAACAACAAAACACUCAAAACGGAAAGCAACAAGAACGCAGAACCAAAAACACAAGUGCAUUACUGCGAUACAGACUCGGAGAACGAGAACGCAGAACGCAGAACGUCGAACGCUGACCGGAGAACGGAGGACAAACAGCCAACACGAAUCCAACCGUACAAUUGACUCAUACAUACUCAAGUGGGCUCAUACAGAGUACUCGUAGAAAGACCCAGACCUUAAACGGAGCCAACGAAACCAACAAACCAACCAACCAAGCGCAAGCUUGUUAAACCAACCAACAGCUAGGGGACUAUCGGAUCUAUCCGCAAUACCGUUACGAAGCAAGCUACAAACCAUACACGAACUCUGUUUACCAUGUACUAUUUACUAACGUAUUACGACAUGAUAAAGAAACAAGAAAUUCAAUUCAA